UAUCCAUUCCCAAGAAUCCCAACCUCCGUCUUCACAGAAGCCUUGCCUUCCUUCUCUUCUCUCUCUGAAUCGAAUCGAUUGCUCUGCACGAAAAGUUUUCGAUUCCUAAACUCCAUUCUCGCUUUCUUCUCUUCGAUCUCUUCUCUUGAAAGAUAUAUAAAGAGACAGAGAUCUCUUCUUCUUCUUCUUCUUCUCGUUAUAUAUAUACACUUGGUGUUUCCAAAGACGGAAGAUAGAAGCGUUGGACAUGGAGGAGGGGAAGAAGGAUGGGAAGAGGAGGGACGUGAUACGGCUGGAGCGGGAGGCCGUCAUUCCUGUCAUCAAGCCCAGGCUCAUUAUGAAGCUCGCCUCCCUCAUUGUGUUUGCUUCUGACCGAAUGGAAUUUCUGAAGCUCUGCAAGAGAGUUGAGUACACAAUUCGUGCUUGGUAUCUUCUGCAAUUUGAGGAUCUGAUGCAACUGUACUCUCUGUUUGAUCCCAUUUAUGGUGGUCGGAAAUUGGAGCAGCAGCAUUUAUCUUCGGAAGAGAUACAUGUUCUCGAACUUAAUUUUCUAAAGUAUUUUUUCCAGAUAAUGGAAAAGAGCAACUUUAGACUAGUGACUGAUGAGGAGAUCAACAUCGCACAGUCUGGGCAAUAUCUCUUAAACCUUCCUGUCAAAGUGGAUGAAUCUAAGCUGGAUAAACAGCUUUUCCCGGGGUAUUUUAAAGACAAUCCUCAUGAAAACCUUCCUGAAUUUUCUGAUAAGUACAUCAUUUUUCGUCGGGGCAUUGGAAUUGACCAUACAACCGAUUACUUCGUUAUGGAGAAACUCAAUAUGAUUCUAGCACGUAUUUGGAGAGGGUUUCUUAGAGUUUUUGGGCUUCGGCGACUCUUCUCCAAAAAGCGAAUUGUGAAGUCCAAGAAAGAUGCUAAGGAAACUCAUGAAGCAAGUGCUGACACAGAAGAGCAAGGCUUAGUUGUAGAACGUGUUCGGAUUGACAACAUGGAGCUAAGCAUGCGAAAUCUAUUUGGCCAGCUUACAAUCCAAGAACCAACAUUUGAUAGGAUGAUCGUUGUCUACAGGCAGUCUAGCACCAAAUCCCAAGUAGAUCGAGGAAUCUUUUUGAAACAUUUUAAGAAUAUUCCAUUGGCAGAUAUGGAGAUAGUUCUGCCUGAAAAGAUAAACCCGGGUUUAACGCCAAUGGACUGGGUGAAAUUCCUUGUUUCUGCAGCACUUGGUCUUGCUACUCUUGUUAGCUCUCUUCAAAUGCCUAAAGCUGAUAUCUGGGUUGUUAUAGCCAUCCUCUCUGCUCUCAUUGGAUAUUGUUCUAAAGUCUACUUCACGUUUCAGCAGAACAUAAGAGCUUACCAAAAUCUAAUCAUGCAAGCAGUGUAUGACAAGCAACUGGAUAGUGGGAGAGGCACACUACUGCACUUGUGUGAUGAUGUGAUUCAACAGGAAGUUAAAGAGGUGAUAAUUUCUUAUUUUAUUUUGAUGGAGCAGGGGAAGGCAACGAUACAGGAACUCGACCAGCGGUGCGAACAACUAAUCAAAGACAAGUUUGGCGUGGAAUGCAAUUUUGAUGUCGAGGAUGCUGUGCAGAAAUUAGAGAAGCUUGGAAUUGUUGCUAGAGACACCAUUGGAAGUAUCUCCUGUGUUAAUUUGAAGCAUGCAAAUGAAAUCAUUGGCACCACAACUGAAGAAAUAGUGAUAAGAGCCCAACAAGGACCUGCCAAGUAAUUUUCCAAGCUGACUGCUUGGAAUCCUUCAACCUCAUCAAUCCACUCAUGUAAUAUAAACCGACCACGAACCUUCACCUCAUUCUUUUAUUAGUUUUUUAUGUAAUUAUGUUAUUGUCUUCAUACCUUCAGUUUGUAUACAGAAAUAACCUUUUUUCUCUUUUAUCACAAUGCUUGCUUUUAUGAGAAUUUUUUUUCUCCUCCGAUCAGUAUGAAAAUGAUGUAUACUUGUGGCUACUAUAUUGAAUAACAACUGCUAAUGUACAGCAGAAUUUCCAUAAGCAUGAUGGUGAUGAACAUAUGAGAGCCAAUCCAUAUUACCAAGCAGAGCUAUUCUUUAAAAGUAGAAGAGAGAUCAAGCAAAGUUAUUGCCACCAUAACACCACCGCAUUCGAAACCCUUCUAGUUUUAACCUUCAACAGAUAGGGUUUGCCGGCUAAACCAGUAUCCAGUACAGAAGAUGUAUCGAUAUUCAAUACGGUCUGUCCUAGUGCUAGUGUGGCAUUAGUACGGGAUCCGCUAUCAAAACAGCAAACCUUACUUACUCAUGGAUACUUUUCUGACAUUAGACUUUCUCGAAAACCUUAUGAAACAAUGGAUUGAGAGCUAAAUCACCUGGUACCUGAUGGACCCCACCUUCCCAAAUAGAGAGGCUAAUAACUUGGCCCAUACUUUUGUAGUUUUCUAGAGCCCAGCUAUCUGACGACCACAGAGGCGUGGUGCGUUGCAAAAACGCUCCACGUCAUACUACAAGCUAACCUCCUUAUCCUGGCCAAUGCAAUCCAAUAGGCUCGUUGCCACCCAGAGAGAGCGAGAGAGAGAGAGAGAGAGAGAGAGAGAGAGAGAAUCGAAGAAGAUGGCACUAAUCUCCAUGCGGAUCACCGUCGUAUCGUGGUGGGUGUUCCUCCUCGCGACGCCGGCCGCCGUGGUGGGAUCGUACGGCGAAGAUCCGCCGACCCCAGCGGCGUGGCCGGAGAGGUUCCACGCGCUGCUGUACAUGAACCUGAGCGACGGACGGCUGCAGAUGUCGGACUUGUGGUACGACUGGCCGGCGGGAAGGAACGUGAACCUGAUGCAGAAGCAGCUGGGGGUUCUGCUGCACGACGUGGAGUGGGACAACGGCACGUCCUUCUACUACACGCUGGGGCCCACCAGGUACUGCCGGACCACGCUAUUCCCGGUCGGGAUCCCCCGGCGGGACUUCAUGCUCGGUUCCACCUACCUCGGCCUGCGGUACACCGACGGAUUCCUGUGCCACCUCUGGGAGAAGGUCGACUUCAUCUGGUACUACGAGGAUGCCUCCACCCGCCGCCCCGUCCGAUGGGACUUCUACGACGGGAUAUCCACUCAUGUGAUGACGUUCGAGGUGGGUGUGACGCUGGAAGAGCCGCAGUGGCAGGCGCCCUCGUACUGCUUCACCGACGAUAGAGAUGGGGAGGACCCAUCACGGAAGACGGACGGCUCAGAAGGAGCGACCGCGAAUGACCUCCUACCUCACAGCCUUAGGAAACUUGUUUGAGACCGUCGGGUGCCAUGUCAUCGUGCCCUCUCGUUCUUGGCCAGGUUUCUACUUAAGCUUAUAUCAACCUAACUCAAGAAGUUUAAGACUAGGGAGUAAAGAGGACAUGAGAGAUUAUAUGUAUCUUAGAGAAUAUUUUUGCAUGAUUAUUAGAUGAUGAUGAUGAUGUGGAUAAUCAGGCUAAACAGUAGAAAUUCAGGAAUGCAUGAGGAAAAGAUAAUGUUCAUAUAUU